AUUCCUUUAAUUUUGAUUUUGAUUCUUUAAAUUGUGUUAAUUUAGUUGAAUUGCUAUUUAUUUGCGAUUUUAAUAUAUUUACAACAGUUUAAUGUCUUUCCACUAUCCACGUAGAGUAAAAGAUUUACCUGCUUUGGAACCGGAUUCUGACGAAGAAGAUGUUAAUCAGGAUAGGCCUAAAAAUGGGGAUGAACUUCAAAAAAGUGGAUCGAAGAAUCAUUUAGCUGUGAUAGAAGCACCACCAAAAGUAUUUGGAGCUUUUAGCAACAUGCGAAUGUUCCCUAAGCGGUCCUCAGAAUUACCCACCCUCGAUUCAGAUGAGUCCGAAGAAGAAGAAAACCCCAAAACUGAUAAUCUUAAUUGUGCUAUAUUAAAUGAUUCCUUUAUCAUGAGUCCUGCGGACAAUUCUGUACUAAAAACACCAGGCCCGCCAUCAGGUGUUAAGAAAAAGCGUGCUGUUGGCAAUCUGUCAUUUCUUACAGACUUUAAUAAAUUGGCAUUAAACACUGAGGGCAAGGAAAAUGUAAAUAAAACUGAAGAUUUGUUAACAGCGGUGGUAGAAAAUAUACAACCAAAUGCCGCCAGUACCGCAAGAAAGCCACAUGUAAGCCGAGCAGUCACUUCAUGCCCUCUGCAAAGUAUACAGGAAGACAAGGUGGCAAACGAUAACCUUACCGGAGAUAUUGGCCGCAAAAGUAAUGAAAACUGUGCUGGAGCUGUUUUACAACGUUUUAAUUCUGAUCCUACGCCACAGAAAAAUGACAAGUAUUCAGAUUUAGAAACACCACUUCGGCAAAAUAACAACACAGCACUGAUUCCUGCAGUAGCACCGACAAAUGACGGCAUUGCUGAUUCGCAAUUUGCCACACCACAAAUUCGAUCUUUCUCAGUCCAGCGGAGGCCACGAGGCUUGUGUUCGACGCAGUCUCAAAAGGAGCGUACGGCAAUUGCAAAUGAGUUUCGUUCUCAGAAGGUUCUGUUUCAAACGCCAAUGGCUAUAACGCGCGCACCCGUCGUGUGUUUACCUAAUGAUAGUAUUACUUUAUCCCUUUGUGAUUCCAUAAAUGGUGCUGAAACUACUCCCAAAACUACAGAAAAAAUACAACAGAAUACUGAGAAAAAUGAUGUAGUUAAGCAAGAGGUAAUUGUUAAAUCAAAGAAGUCACUGGAGAAUGCUUUUUCAAAAUCAGAUAAACUGGAGGAACCAGAUGGAAAGAACCCACCUAACACGAAGAGUUCAGAAUCCAAAGAAAAAGAGGGUAAUUUGCACAUUAAUAAUUCGGAUUAUACAAUUAUUAAAAAAAUCGGUUGUGGAGGCUCCAGUUCCGUUUAUUUGGCAAAAAGAAAUUCGGAUGGUACUGAAUGCGCGUUAAAGGUUGUCGAUUUGCGCGGUGAUCCAGUUGUUGUUGAAGGCUAUUUAAAUGAAACAAAACUAUUGGCAAAACUUCAAGGAAACAUCUGUGUGGUAGCACUCUAUGAAUAUCAGUUAUUGCGUAAUGAGUCAAGACUCUUUCUCGUCAUGGAAAAGGGAGACUCGGAUCUGCAUAAAAUUUUACAGACAUAUACUACGAAUCUGCCACUAUAUGUACUUAUGAAUUUUUGGUAUCAAAUUUUGCAAGCGGUUAAUUACAUUCACCAAAAUGGCGUCAUACACUCCGACUUGAAGCCAGCAAAUUUUUUAAUGAUAAAUGGUCGUUUGAAAUUAAUAGACUUUGGUAUUGCCAGCAACAUUGCACUGGACUCAACGAGUAUAAUCAAAUUUUCUCAAGCCGGAACAUUUAAUUAUAUUAGUCCGGAAGCUCUUACCGACACAUCCACGGGAUCUAGCCCGAUGCGCAGUAAUCAACCAAAAAUAAAGAUAUCAACUAAAUCUGAUGUUUGGUCGCUUGGAUGCAUACUAUACUUAUUACUUUAUAAGCGCACUCCAUUCUCGCAUAUCAAAAAUAUCUAUGCCAAAAUCAAUGCAAUUACAAGUCCUACCACAAACAUAGAAUAUCCUACAAUUCCUUUAUAUUAUCCAGCAAUGCUUGUGCACAUGGCAAAAAAUUGCUUACAGCACAAUCCAAAAAAGCGUCCAUCUUGCGCUGAACUACUACAGUAUCCGUUUAAUAUGGUUAUACCGAUACAAAAUUUAGCGGUACCAACUACGAUUAAAGAGAAAAAUUAAAGCUCAAUAUACAUAUAUAUAUAUAUAGCGUAGAGAUUAAAAUCAUGUUUUAGUUUAUAUUAUAUCCUAAUUUAUCCCUAAAUUAUGUAGGCCACACAUCUGUAAACUACAAAUGCUUCUUCAUUUACAUAUAUACUAUUUAUAAAUAUAAGAACAGAGAAAUAAUAAAUAUUUUUCAAAAUAUACGUGCUAACGAACAAGCAAAACAUAAUUGAAAUUCUAAUCUAUCACCUCAUAAAGCAUAAUAGAGGACAAAGCAGGUGUAUAUCACAUAAACUUAAAUAAUGAAAUGAAAAUUGAACAGCAAGCGAUUGUGGUCGAAAAACGAGGCAGCAAAAGAAAAUACCGGUGGCCAUACACCUAAAAUGCUGCGGCAAAUGCUAGGGUAUCCAAUGCUUUUAAGAUAAACCACAUUAAAAUGAAAGUCGAUAUGUUCGUUAUAAUUUAAAUAUGUUUAUUUUUGUUUAUCAUAAUAUAUCAUUCUGCCAUAAAUUCCUCAAACUGUACUCCUACAAUUUUCUUAUUACUUGAUCUGCCAUCAAGUACAAUUUAACCAUUACUAUAUGUUUAAAUAUAAUCCAACACUGAUCCAUCCAAUCGCGUGUAAAAACAUGGUUACUUGUUAACGCUGGUAAUACUGCCUAAAUAACUUGCAUUUCCCAUUUAUUUAUUUCACUAAACCCAUUCAAAGGAAGCAGCAAUAUAAUACUUAAACCGCUUCACUCUUCUAAUCGAAAUUAUAUCGGCUGAUUUAUUUUCAGUUUUAAGAUUCUCUGUUUACCUACAUUGUGUUUGCAUACAUAUUUCUCCUUUAUUUAAUAUCGAUAUUUUUUUAGUUUUUAUUAUUAUUAUUAUUUUUUUUUUUUUU